UGCGAGGCCUUGGUCCUCUUCUGGGGCGGCCGGCCGGCCGGCCAGCCUCUUGCAGGGCCCCCCGGUCAGGAAGUGCCGAAAGAGGAAGAGAGUCGCCGGGCAGGAUGAGCGUACUGGGGGCUGGUCACAGUACCGGGGGAGGCUGCCAUGAGGCCACAGCUCUGGGCCCCGCGGAGGCGCUGGGGACAGAAGAAGGGGAAAAGCCAGGGGCACUGAGGCAGAUGUGGCGCUACCGCUCCUGGGACGUGCCACAGAUCCCAGCCGAGGCCCCCCGGACACAGAAAGCCAUCACUAAGUCAGGCCUCCAGCACCUGGCACCCCCUCCUCCCACUCCUGGAGCCCCAUGCGGUGAGCCGGAGCGGCAGAUUCGGAGCACUGUGGACUGGAGCGAGUCCGCAACGUAUGGGGAACACAUCUGGUUCGAGACCAACGUGUCGGGGGACUUCUGCUAUGUUGGGGAGCAGUACUGUGUAGCUAAGAUGCUGCAGAAAUCAGUGUCCCGGAGAAAGUGUGCAGCGUGCAAGAUCGUGGUGCACACCCCCUGCAUCGAACAGCUGGAGAAGAUAAAUUUCCGCUGUAAGCCGUCUUUCCGUGAAUCAGGCUCCAGGAAUAUCCGUGAGCCAACCUUUGUGCGGCACCACUGGGUACACCGGCGACGCCAGGAUGGCAAGUGUCGGCACUGUGGGAAGGGCUUCCAGCAGAAGUUCACCUUCCAUAGCAAGGAGAUUGUGGCCAUCAGUUGCUCCUGGUGCAAGCAGGCCUACCACAGCAAGGUGUCCUGCUUCAUGCUGCAACAGAUCGAGGAGCCGUGCUCCCUGGGUGUGCAUGCUGCUGUGGUCAUCCCGCCCACCUGGAUCCUCCGCGCCCGAAGGCCACAGAAUACCCUCAAGGCAAGCAAGAAGAAAAAGAGAGCAUCCUUCAAGAGGAAAUCUAGCAAGAAAGGGCCAGAGGAGGGCCGCUGGAGACCCUUCAUCAUCAGGCCCACCCCCUCUCCCCUCAUGAAGCCCCUGCUGGUGUUUGUGAACCCCAAGAGUGGGGGCAACCAGGGCGCUAAGAUCAUCCAGUCCUUCCUGUGGUAUCUCAACCCCCGACAAGUGUUUGACCUGAGCCAGGGAGGCCCCAAGGAGGCGCUGGAGAUGUACCGCAAAGUGCACAACCUACGGAUCCUGGCGUGUGGAGGUGACGGCACGGUCGGCUGGAUUCUCUCCACUCUGGACCAGCUUCGCUUAAAGCCCCCGCCACCUGUUGCCAUUCUGCCCCUGGGCACUGGCAAUGACUUGGCCCGUACCCUCAACUGGGGUGGGGGCUACACGGAUGAGCCCGUGUCCAAGAUCCUCUCCCACGUGGAGGAGGGGAACGUGGUGCAGCUAGACCGCUGGGACCUCCGCGCUGAGCCCAACCCCGACGCGGGGCCAGAGGAGCGCGACGAGGGCGCCACUGACCGGCUGCCCCUGGAUGUCUUCAACAAUUACUUCAGCCUGGGCUUUGAUGCCCACGUCACCCUGGAGUUUCAUGAGUCUCGAGAGGCCAACCCAGAGAAAUUCAACAGCCGCUUUCGGAAUAAGAUGUUCUAUGCCGGGACAGCCUUCUCUGACUUCCUGAUGGGCAGCUCUAAGGACUUGGCCAAGCACAUCCGAGUGGUGUGUGACGGGACUGACCUGACCCCCAAGAUUCACGACCUAAAACCCCAGUGCAUCGUUUUCCUGAACAUCCCCAGGUACUGUGCAGGCACCAUGCCCUGGGGCCACCCCGGGGAGCACCACGAAUUUGAGCCCCAGCGGCACGAUGAUGGCUACCUCGAGGUCAUUGGCUUUACCAUGACAUCCCUGGCGGCGCUGCAGGUGGGCGGGCACGGCGAGCGGCUGACACAGUGCCGAGAAGUGGUGCUCACCACGUCCAAGGCCAUCCCGGUGCAGGUGGAUGGUGAGCCCUGCAAGCUCGCAGCCUCACGCAUUCGCAUCGCCCUGCGUAACCAAGCCACCAUGGUGCAGAAGGCCAAGCGGCGGAGCGCCGCCCCCCUGCACAGCGACCAGCAGCCCGUGCCCGAGCAGCUGCGGGUCCAGGUGAGCAGAGUCAGCAUGCACGACUACGAGGCCCUGCAUUACGACAAGGAACAGCUCAAGGAGGCCUCCGUGCCAUUGGGCACUGUGGUGGUCCCUGGAGACAGCGACCUGGAGCUCUGCCGUGCCCACAUCGAGAGGCUCCAGCAGGAGCCCGAAGGUGCUGGAGCAAAGUCCCCUACCUGCCAGAAACUGUCCCCCAAGUGGUGCUUCCUAGACGCCACCACUGCCAGCCGCUUCUACAGGAUCGACCGGGCCCAGGAACACCUCAACUAUGUGACGGAGAUCGCACAGGACGAGAUUUAUAUCUUGGACCCUGAGCUGCUGGGGGCAUCGGCCCGGCCUGACCUCCCAACCCCCACUUCCCCCCUCCCCACCUCCCCCUGCUCACCCACACUCCGGUCACUGCCAGGGGAUACGGCGCCCCCUAAAGGUGAGGAGCUGAUUGAGGCUGCCAAGAGGAACAACUUCUGUAAGCUCCAGGAGCUGCACAGAGCUGGGGGCGACCUUAUGCACCGGGACGAGCAGAGCCGAACGCUCCUGCAUCAUGCCGUCAGCACGGGCAGCAAGGAUGUGGUCCGCUACCUGCUGGACCACGCACCCCCAGAGAUCCUUGACGCUGUGGAGGAGAACGGGGAGACCUGUCUGCACCAGGCGGCAGCCCUGGGCCAGCGCACCAUCUGCCACUACAUCGUGGAGGCGGGGGCCUCCCUCAUGAAGACGGACCAGCAGGGUGACACUCCCCGGCAGCGGGCGGAGAAGGCCCAGGACACGGAGCUGGCCGCAUACCUGGAGAACCGGCAGCACUACCAGAUGGUCCAGCGGGAGGACCAGGAGACGGCUGUGUAGCCGCGAGACCCGCGGCCACCGGAGGGGGAGCCCCCCAUCGCCCCCUCACUGCCACAUUCCAGUCGGAUGACCACGGGGGGACCCGUGCCCCAGGGAAGGAGCCCCGUGCUGCCCCCUGAGGAGCUGCCCAGGCCUAGGGCUGGACUCUGAGGAGCUGGGGGAUCUCACCUGUGGCCGCAGCCUCAACCUGACCCCGGGCUGACAGGGGGACAGGAGACUGCACUGGAUGGAGCAGGCCUUUGAGGGGGCUGGGGCUGGACCACUUCAGGGCGGCCCUCACCCUCCCCGCCACGGGUGCCCUCCCUGGGCCUUGGGCUACAGGGGGAGGGCAGUGGGGCCGGGGACCCUAUCAGGGAGCCUUCGGGAAGAGGGUUCCUAAGACACCCGGUUGGUGAGGGCCCUGACUGAGCCUGGCAGCCUGGGCCCCGUCUCCUGUCCCUUCCCACCCUCCCCGGGAGCUUCCUCCCGGAAGCACAGAACCUGCCGCGUUUGCGCCCGCUGCCCCGCUUGGUGCCCACCCCCAGAGACCUUCCCCGUGUAUCCAGUCAUUUAAUCACCGCCGACUGUGUGGCCUGGGGGUUGGAGUGGGGGCUCUCGUGGUGACAUGUUUACAGCUGGGUGUGACUCAGUAAAGAGGAUUUUUUUCCUU